AUGAGUGAACUAUUGGAAGUGGUGGCAAAGAAUUACUACAAUAUAUUAGGAGUGUUGAGGACUGUGAGUCAGUUGGACAUCAAGAAGGCGUUCAGACGACUGGCCCUUCGUUACCAUCCGGACAAAAAUGGCAACAAAAAGGCCACCGAUUUGUUUAAGCACAUUCUGGAGGCCUAUCAAGUGCUCGGAGAUUGCGGUAAACGUAGCGCUUAUGACCGCAACUCAUAUCCCAAACAAACAUUCCCUCAAAGAUAUCCCAAAACACCUAAACCGCAGACAAAUACAUCGACUGAUAGCAGGAGAAGACAUAAAUCUACGCCAAAGACUAACUCCGCUGAGAAACCGGCGCCGAAUAAGUCGACCGAACAUACGGUGUAUGUGUCGCUCCGAGAUGUGCUCCGGGGCUGUACUAAGCGCGUAAAAGUGACCCGAAUGGUGUGGUCUUCGCCCCAAGAGUUCCGCAAAGAGACAGAAAUAUUGUCGUUGGACGUAAAGCGGGGCACAAAAUCGGGCACUCGUAUAGUUUUUGCCGGUUAUGGGAACCAUCCGUACGGUUCCGACGCCGAUGAUAUUGCGCUUGUGGUCAAAGAGCAACCCAACCAUCAGUUCCGCCGCGAAGGCAAUGAUAUCGUAUACACCGCCCAAAUGAGUCUUAAUGAAGCCAUCGUUGGCCUACCCUUAACUGUUCCGCUGUUGACCGGCGAGACAAUGGAUGUGGUGCUUAAUAGGCGUCAGACCAUUGAGUUUUCCGAGAAGUGUGUGCUAUUCAUAAGAAAAGUCGGUUUAGGACUUCCCGACCAAAAGCAUACAUUCAUUAGAGGAGAUCUUCUCAUUAAAUGUCAAUUCAAAUCGUAA